AGGGCAUAUGUCACGGACCAUGUCAGCUUCUCAAACGAUUCUUUGGCAACCACGGAAACAAAAACGCAUCACGUAACAUGAGAUCUUUAUAUAUACCGCGUAUGCAAGCUUGGUGGAGCGCAAGAUAUAUAGAGAAUUAGGAAGAGAUGGAAGCGGCGGCGGCGGCGGCGGCGGCGAAACCAGCCAUCAGGGUUGCAGCCAUCUGCGGCUCCCUCCGCAAAGCUUCCUUCAACCGCGGCCUCAUUCGCUGUGCCAUUGAGCUCUGCAGUGAGUCUAUUCCUGGGAUGCGGAUAGAGCAUGUGGACAUCGAGCCCCUUCCCUUCUGCAACCCCGACCUCGAGAUCGAUGGCAAGUUUCCGCCACCUGUGGAGGCCUUCCGACGCAAGAUCCUUGAAGCUGACAGCAUCCUCUUUGCUUCCCCAGAGUACAACUACUCCCUCUCAGCUCCUCUGAAGAAUGCUAUUGACUGGGGAUCUAGACCUCCAAAUGUUUGGGGGGACAAGACUGCCGCUAUAGUAAGCGCUGCAGGAGGCUCUGGAGGAAUACACUCACAGUACCAUCUGCGUCAAGUUGGAGUCUUUAUUGAUCUUCAUUUCAUCAACAAGCCUGAAUUAUUCAUUCAAGGUUAUCGGCCUCCAGUGAAGUUCGACGGUGAUGGGAAUUUGAUAGAUCCUGAAACAAAGGAACGGCUAAAACGUGUCCUCUUGUCAUUACAGGCUUUUACACACAGGCUCAGUCGCAGUUCCUAAGUUGGAACUUUGUUGGACACCACAAUAUUCUAAAUUAGUCUUCUCUGUUAUAUUUUAUGUGGGCUUUUUUUUUGUGCUUACUGUUAGCAUCAUCUUAGUUAAAUAAAUGUCAUUGAGGAAACUAUCAUUACAUGUUUGUAAGUUGUCUCUUGUACUUUUUCAUUGAUUUUUCAGAAAAUCUCUCAUGGAAUAAUUCAGAUUGGUAUUUGAACUAUA